AGAUGCUUCUGGGUCGCGGCGGCUGGAGCAGUGUGGUCCGUGCGUUUCAGCUUGAGCGCCUAGAGCCGGAGCACCCCGACGAGGGAUGGCGGCCACCGGGACCGCCGCGGCCACGGGCAGGCUCCUCAUCCUGCUGUUGCUCGGGCUCACGGCGCCCGCCGCGGCGUUAGCCGGCUACAUCGAGGCUCUUGCAGCCAAUGCCGGAACUGGAUUUGCUGUUGCUGAGCCUCAAAUUGCAAUGUUUUGUGGGAAGUUAAACAUGCAUGUGAACAUUCAGACUGGGAAGUGGGAACCUGACCCAACGGGCACCAAGAGCUGCUUAGGAAGAAAAGAAGAAGUUCUUCAGUACUGUCAGGAGAUGUAUCCAGAGCUGCAGAUCACAAACGUGAUGGAAGCAAACCAGCCAGUCAGCAUUGACAACUGGUGCCGAAAGGACAAGAAACCAUGCAAGAGUCACAUCGUUAUCCCUUUCAAGUGUCUUGUGGGUGAAUUUGUCAGUGAUGUUCUGCUAGUUCCGGAAAAGUGCCAGUUUUUCCACAAAGAACGAGUGGAGGUGUGCGAGAACCACCAGCACUGGCACACUGUAGUCAAGGAGGCAUGUCUGACUCAGGGAAUGACCUUAUAUAGCUAUGGCAUGCUGCUGCCUUGUGGGGUAGACCAGUUCCACGGCACUGAAUACGUGUGCUGCCCUCAAACAAAAGAGGAGGAGGAGGAGGAGGAGGAAGAGGAAGAGGAAGAGGAAGACUAUGAUAUUUAUAAAAGCGAAUUUCCUACUGAAGCAGAUUUGGAAGACUUCACAGAAGCAGCUGUGGACGACGACGACGAGGACGACGACGAUGAGGAAGGGGAGGACGUGGUGGAAGACCGCGAUUACUACUACGACACCUUUAAAGGGGAAGACUACAACGAGGAGAGCCCAACCGAGCCGGGCGGCGAGAGCACCGUCCCCGACAAGGAGGUCACUCACGAUGUCAAAGCUGUCUGCUCCCAGGAGGCCAUGACGGGGCCCUGCCGGGCCGUGAUGCCUCGUUGGUACUUCGACGUCUCCAAGGGAAAGUGCAUGCGCUUUAUAUAUGGCGGCUGCGGCGGCAACAGGAACAAUUUUGAGUCUGAGGAUUAUUGUAUGGCUGUGUGUAAAGCGAUGAUUCCCCCGACUCCUCUGCCCACCAAUGACGUGGACGUGUACUUCGAGACCUCUGCCGACGACAACGAACAUGCCCGCUUCCAGAAGGCUAAGGAGCAGCUGGAAAUUCGGCACCGCAAUCGAAUGGACAGGGUAAAGAAGGAAUGGGAAGAGGCAGAGCUUCAAGCCAAGAACCUCCCCAAAGCAGAGAGGCAGACGCUCAUUCAGCAUUUCCAAGCCAUGGUGAAAGCCUUAGAGAAGGAAGCAGCGAGCGAGAAGCAGCAGCUGGUGGAGACGCACCUGGCUCGGGUGGAAGCCAUGCUGAACGACCGCCGGCGGAUGGCUCUGGAGAAUUACCUGGCCGCCCUGCAGUCCGACCCGCCACGGCCAUAUCGCAUCCUCCACGCCUUGCGGCGGUAUGUCCGUGCCGAGAACAAAGAUCGCCUGCAUACCAUCCGUCAUUACCAGCAUGUGCUGGCUGUUGACCCAGAAAAGGCCGCCCAGAUGAAAUCACAGGUGAUGACACAUCUCCAUGUGAUUGAAGAAAGGAGGAACCAAAGCCUCUCCCUGCUCUACAAAGUACCUUACGUCGCCCAGGAAAUUCAAGAGGAAAUCGAUGAGCUCCUCCAGGAACAGCGUGCGGACAUGGACCAGUUCACGGCCUCCAUCUCCGAGAGCCCAGUGGAUGUCCGGGUGAGCUCCGAGGAGAGCGAGGAGAUCCCGCCGUUCUACCCCUUCCACCCCUUCCCGGCCUUGCCUGAGAACGAAGACACUCAGCCGGAGUUGUACCACCCAAUGAAAAAAGGAUCUGGAGUGGCAGAGCAGGACGGGGCACUGAUUGGUGCGGAAGAGAAAGUGAUUAACAGUAAGAAUAAAGUGGAGGAACAUAUGGUCAUCGACGAGACCCUGGAUGUUAAGGAAAUGAUUUUCAAUGCCGAGAGGGUCGGAGGCCUUGAGGAGGAGCCGGAAUCCACGGGGCCUCUGCGAGAGGACUUCAGCCUGAGCAGCAGUGCCCUCAUCGGCCUGCUGGUCAUUGCAGUGGCCAUCGCCACAGUCAUCGUCAUCAGCCUGGUGAUGCUGAGGAAGCGGCAGUACGGCACCAUCAGCCACGGGAUCGUGGAGGUGGACCCCAUGCUGACCCCAGAAGAGCGUCACCUGAACAAGAUGCAGAACCACGGAUAUGAGAACCCAACCUACAAGUACCUGGAACAGAUGCAGAUUUAAGUGACAGGGCCGUGGCCCCCUGGCCGGAGCGGGGUGGUGCAGGUGGGCCGGAAGAGGCCCAACUUCGGGCUCGACACCGACCAGCAGCCGCUGCCCGAGGGCUUCGGCUGCCAUCCUGACCUCCCGUGUCGUUAAGACUAUGAAGUACUACUGUAGAAUUGCAAUUCCAUUCUUUUAAAUGGGUGAAAAAAUGUUAAUAUAACAGUAUAUGAUAUAUAAACCUUAAGUGAAAUGGAAAGAUCUAUUACAGAUAUUUGACUGAUGCCGUUUUCUUUUUAAAUUAAUCAGAAGAAAACCCACUUCUCUUGUAUCGUCUCUCACAUGCGCUGUCUCUAUGGAAACUGUUGAUUUUCAUCUGUAGACUGUAUACGCAGACCGUUUGUUCCAGUUGCAUUGUACACGCCGACUCUCUAGGCCCCUUCACUGUCCUGGUUUUUAUUAGGGGAAACACAAGACCAGCAGGAGAGAAGGCAGCACUGUCUCUUAAAAAUGCGCUCCGAAAGCUGCCGAGAACGGGAGUGGAACCAGGGACCUGCCGACCGCCCCUGCGGCUCCCGACGCCCUCUGAGUGGUGUUAGAGGACCGGUGCGACUGCUGUGUGGCCGGCGAGGUUCAAGGCCUGGCGCCCAGCAUCUCAGAGCCGGGCCCGCCGCUGCUUUCCUUCCAAAUCCAGUUCUUCCACGGAGCAAGCCGCCAGCGUGUGUCCGCUCCCGCCGCCGGCUGCCUGUAGCUCUUUACCCUUCACCUCCCCUCCCACGUCCACCCACGCGUGUGGUCUCUUCCCUCCUCGGACGUUUCCCACCCACGGCACCGGCUCCUGGCCCUCUGCCAGUCCCUCGGAGAAGACCCCAGGACGCGGGCGGCCGGCGGCGGAGGACGUGGGCGGUGUGUUGCUGCGGCGUGGGCGGAGUGCGGGCAGUGCGUGAAGCGGCCGUGUGGGCGCCGCCGAGAGCCUGGCAGGUUUUGUUCCCUUCACGAGUCUUUGUAAAGCUUGUAUAGUUGACGCUGACGCUCACGGCUCCUUCCUUUCUUUUUUCUUCUUUUUAAUAUGAAGGUUCUGGUAACCUGUGGUGUAUUUUUGUUUUGCUUUCCUGUGACUUUUUUUUUUUUUUCUCCUUCCUCUCCUUUGACCCCAUCCAUGUCUCUUCCCACUAUGCACAGAUUAAACUUCACCUGCAAACUCCUUAAUCUGAUCUGUGGAGAAUGUACAGCGUUUAAACACAUCAAUAAAAUACUUUAACUUCCA